AUGGCCGACGAUGGCAUGCUCCUCAACUUCUCCAUACCCGAUAGCGGCAUCCUGGCACGGCCGAGCUUCAAGGGCGGGAACUGGAAGGACCGGCUUACGGCCAAAAAAGCCGCGCAAAACUGGCAUACCAAGGCUUCCGCUCGAUUAAGCGGGGAGACAGUUCCCAAGAAGAUUGUAGACAAUGCUACAGAUGUGAAUCGCACAGAGCUGGGCCAAAGAACGAGGCGGACAUCCAAGAGUCCAGAGCUGCCAGAAACUGGCGAACGGCCAGUAAAGAGAGCACGCGUCAGUGGAGACUUCAGACCAAAGGCCACCGAGAAGACGGACUCAGGCGACUUCAGACCACAAUCCAACCCGGCAGUUACGAGGAGACCUGGGGAGAAGCAAGAUGUGCCCAAGGGUGGGAAGCAGAUCAUUUCUUCGCUUUUCACCUACAAUCCUGCUUCGACGACGAAACCCAAAGCGAGCGAACGACGCCCAGACGAUGCGCCCCUAGAGCCCUCGAACGCGCCGCUGAGCAGUGAGCUCGAUACCUUCACGUCUCUCGGCAUAUCCACGACGCUUGCAGCGCACAUGCUCAACAAGAUGGAACUAAAGGCGCCCACGGCGAUUCAGAAGGCAGCGAUAGCACAGCUCGUCAAGGAUGACUCUGAUGCCUUUAUACAGGCCGAGACGGGUUCUGGAAAAACCCUGGCGUACCUGCUACCCAUUGUGCAGCGACUCAUGGAAAUAUCGGCGAAUAUGAAGAAGCGCAAGGUUGACGAGAAUGUGCAAAGAAACUCCGGUCUAUUCGCCAUCAUUAUGGCGCCAACACGAGAGCUGAGCAAGCAGAUUGCUCUGGUUCUAGAGAAGCUGCUAGGCUGUGCCCAUUGGCUGGUAGCUACUACAGUUAUUGGAGGUGAAAAGAAAAAGUCCGAGAAGGCCCGGUUGCGGAAGGGCAUCAACAUCCUGGUCGCCACGCCUGGUCGAUUAGUCGAUCAUCUUGAACAUACCGAGGCUUUGGAUGUGAGCAACGUUAGAUGGCUUGUCCUAGACGAAGGAGAUCGCCUGAUGGAGCUUGGAUUCGAACAGGAGAUCCAAAAGAUCGUGGGUGCCCUUAACCUCCGAAUGCGCGCAAAGAAAGACGACAAGCUCAAGAUACCCGGUCUGCCAGAGAAGCGUACGACUGUACUUUGUUCUGCAACAAUGAAGAUGGACGUUGAAAGACUAGGGCAGAUCAGUUUGAAAGACGCGGUACAUAUUCGAGCCGAUCCUUCGGAAAAAGGGCAGGUGGAGAACGAAGGCAAAGACGACCAAUCCUUUUACGCCCCAGCACAGUUGAAGCAGUCGUAUGCUGUAGUGGCGCCAAAACUACGAUUGGUCUCACUAAUGAGCUUUUUGAAGCGCGCAUUUGCGCGGAAAGGCUCGGUGAUGAAGGCUAUUGUUUUCAUUUCGUGUGCCGACUCAGUCGAUUUUCACUUCGAUAUGCUUACGGGCGACAUAGAACAGAAGUUAAAGAAGAAGGAUGAGGAGGCCAAAGAGGACGAGAAGGAUGACGAUACCCAAGAAAAGAAGAAGAAGCCGAAAGCCCUACAGCAAGCAGACCCCACGAAACUCUCCGUAACAAACGCCGAAUCCCCCAUCCUCUCUACCAAAACACACACAGUAACAGCCUACCGGCUUCACGGAUCUCUUCAGCAAUCCCUUCGCACAUCCACCCUCGCGCACUUUACCAAGAACAAAGAGCCCUCGGUUCUUAUAGCCACCGACGUCGCAUCCCGUGGUCUCGAUCUUCCCAAUGUAGAUCUAGUUGUAGAAUUUGACCCUGCCUUCGCCCGCGAAGACCAUUUGCAUCGGAUCGGUCGUACAGCGCGUGCCGGCCGUGAUGGUCGAGCAUGCAUCUUCCUCAUGCCAGGCUGUGAAGAAGGUUACGUCGACAUCCUCAAGUCGGAUCGCAAAGAUACCGAAACUGGCGUACACAUCUCCCGUCAGGAUGCAGACGACAUUCUCAAUCGCGGUCUUGUUACCAGCGGUGUGGUAGAUAAGAAUGCGUACAUGGACAAAGCUACAGAUUUGCAACUAGCGAUUGAGCGGUGGGCUCUAGCAUCCCCAUCCCGACUUGAAGCAGCGCGGAGAGCUUUCCAAAGCCAUAUCCGCGCAUACGCCACGCAUGUUGCUGAUGAGCGAAAGUACUUCGAUAUCAAACAACUGCAUCUCGGACAUUUGGCCAAGGCCUUUGCGCUGAGAGAGAGGCCGAGUGGUAUGAAAGUUCCCGGGCUGCGGACGGGUGCUGGGAGAGGGGAUAGAACGCCGGCGAAAAUCCGUGGUGCGACGAAGGAAUCGGUUCGGGAGAGGGAUAAGGAAGGUGCCCCGAAGAAGAUCGUCGACCUGGAUCUGCCAGACACUCAAGAUACCGAGGAAGCUGGGAAGAUGAGAAAGGCGAUUAGAGCGAGGGAGAAGUUUAUGAGGCAUGCUGGCAUGGCUAGCGAGUUCAACUUGGGUUAA